GUUCGUGACCAAAGGCGGGCGUACUUUUUUUUCACAUUCAUAUUUAAUAAAUCUGCCAUUGCCGCUCUAUAUUUCGAGUAUCUGUACAAUCACCUAACGAUACGGGAUUCGGUCUUCGGUCUUCGAUCAGCAUGGAGCAGCAGCAUUGAGAGCAGCAGCCCCACAGGAGUCAUGGGCUGUGCCAGCAGCACUCCCAUGGUUGCAACGGCCGGCAGCGAAAUGCUGAAAGCCGCCACCCAUGUCCGGGAGAAGGGCGAGGCCGUUGUGGAAGAUGCCACUCAGACGUUGACCACGGGCCUGGACACGGCCAAGGAGACGGUGGGCGCGGCCGUGGCGGGGAUUACCAACGAUCUGGGUAACGCCUUCAAGGAGGGCACCCACGCCCUGGACGAGGCCAAGCACAAGGUGAUGGAGGGCCUGCACCUUGAACAGCCCCAGCCCGCCCAGGAAGAGGAGGCGACGUCGGCGGCGGCGGAUGCGGCGGCGGUGGAGUCUGGCGAGGUCAUGGCCGAGGUGAGCUCAUCCCGAGCCCCAACACCACAGCUGCAGGGAGAUGCGGACAGCCUGAAGACCUCCACCCCGGAGCCAGAGAUCGAGCGGGCGCUGGCCAACGAUGAGGAGAGUCCACCCACGCCACAGCCAUCGCUGGAGGAGCUGGCUCAUCUGAGUGCCCAGGUGGAGUCGAUUACCGAUGCCCAGCCUCCUCCUCUUCCGCCUUCUCAUCCUCAUCCUCCAUCUGCUGUGGAAGAAGCGGCGCCUCCUGCUGCUCCAGUUGAGGCUCCUGCCCCCGCUGCGUCCGUGGAGUAAGUAAGCCUAGAGAGAGCACCUACCUGCCGCAUCGCAUAGCAUACCACGUUGCCACGUACCUCCCCUCCCCCCGUAGAGCCGUAUAGCCGUAGAGCCACUGCACUCUGAAGUUUUCGCGUAGUACCCGUAACCGUACCGUUUUGCUUAUGAUUCGUAGUUCUCGUCGUAGUAUACCGAUCUUCUAGUACUUAUACCUUACAUUACUAUAUAUACGUAUUAUUAUUAUAUCUUAACCAACAUAUUGCUCUCUUCUUUCUCCUCUCUUGACUUGUAUGUAAAUUGUAAAUAAACU